GGUGGGGGAAGGGCGCGGCGCGUGGUUAUGUUCCUGGGCGACGGCAUGUCGGUGCCGACGCUGGCGGCGGCGCGCACGCUGCGGGGCCAGCGCGCCGGCGCCGCGGGGGAGGAGGCCCAGCUCGCCUUCGAGGCCUUCCCCACCGUCGGCCUCGCGAAGACGUACUGCGUGGACUCUCAAAUCGCGGACUCGGCCUGCACGUCGACGGCGUAUCUGUGCGGCGCGAAGGCGAACCUCGGCACGUUGGGAGUGUCGGCCGCCGUGCCGCGCUACGACUGCGCCGCCGCCGCCGACACGCAGCACCAACUGGACUCUAUAGCGGUCUGGGCGCUCGAGGACGGCAGAGACGCCGGGAUCGUGACGACGACGCGCGUGACGCACGCGUCGCCGGCGGGCGCGUACUCGCGCUCGGCGGACCGCGACUGGGAGAGCGACGCGGGGGUGCGCGCCGCCGGACACGACCCGCACACCUGCCCCGACAUCGCGCACCAGCUCGUGCACUCCUACCCCGGCACACACUUCAAGGUGAUUCUGGGUGGCGGUAGACGCGAGUUCCUGCCUGUGGACGCGGUCGACGAGGACGGCGCGCCGGGGCUGCGCGCGGACGGCCGCGACCUCAUCCGAGAGUGGCGCGCCGACAAGGCCGCGCGGAACCUCACCCACCAGUACGUGUGGAACCGCAACCGGCUGCUCGCCGCCGCCGCCGACCCGCCCGACUACCUGCUGGGCCUGUUCGAGGGCAGCCACAUGCGCUACCACCUGCAGGCCGACCCCAUCGCCGACCCCACCCUCGCCGAGAUGACGGAGGCCGCGAUCCGUGCGCUCGACCGCAACGACCGCGGCUUCUUCCUGUUCGUGGAGGGCGGGCGCAUCGACCACGCCCACCACGAGAACAGGGUGGAGCUGGCGCUGGACGAGACCGUCGAGCUGAGCGCCGCCGUCCAGCGCGCCGUCGAGCUGCUGGACGAGGAGGACUCGCUGAUCGUCGUGACGUCCGACCACGCGCACGUGAUGGCGUUCAGCGGCUACACGCGGCGCGGCGGCGACGUGCUCGGCCCGUCCGACGACGUCGGCGACGACGGCGUGCCCUACAUGACGCUGUCGUACGCCAACGGCCCGGGCCACCGCCCGUCGCAAGGCGACCGCCGCCAGGACGUCACCGCCGACCCCGACUUCAGGUCUGUGGAGUGGCGGUCGCACGCGGAGGUGCCGCUGCAGUCGGAGACGCACGGGGGGGAGGACGUGGCGGUGUUCGCGCGCGGGCCGCGACACGCGCUCUUCGCCGGCCUGUACGAGCAGUCCCGCCUGCCGCACCUCAUGGCCUGCGCCGCCGGCCUGUCCCGCGCUCCUGCCCUCUGCCGCGACUAGCCGCAACUUCCGAUAUUUGUAGCAACACCACGG